GGUUCGCGAUGCCGCACUAUGACUCCUCCGCACAGCUUCGCCAUCCGCGACCUGCUGCCCGAGGCCUCGUCCCGGUCCCCCUCGCCUUCCGACGCGGAACUGGACGUCACCGGGACCGAAACCCCGCCGCCAGGAGCGUCCACCAGUGACGACAAGAAAAAAAGCGAAAAACCAGCGUACAGCUACAACGCACUGAUCAUGAUGGCGAUACGGAGCAGUCCCGAAAAGAGAUUGACUCUAAAUGGCAUUUACGAGUACAUUAUGAAGAAUUUCCCCUAUUAUAAGGAAAACAAACAAGGCUGGCAGAACUCUAUACGGCACAAUCUGAGUUUGAAUAAAUGUUUCGUCAAAGUUCCUCGGCAUUACGACGAUCCGGGAAAAGGGAAUUAUUGGAUGCUAGAUCCGUCGUCAGACGAUGUGUUUAUUGGAGGAACGACAGGGAAGUUACGGCGUCGAUCGACGGCCGCUUCCAGAUCUCGCCUGGCUGCAUUUAAACGUGGUGCGAUUUUGCAUCCGAUGUUCGGGAACCCUUACGCCUCCCUUGUUGGCUUAUACCCGCCUCUGCUCUCUGUGUAUGGAAGGUACGCCUUGCCGAGUCCAUUGUUAAGGCUACCACCACCUCCUAGUCCGUAUCAUCAGCUAUAUAGAAGAAUUCACGGGUUAACCCCUUCUGUGAGCCCUCCAGAGAGCGAACCAGAUUCUCUGAUGAAACACAGUUGAUGGGAAGGAUGCUUGUGGUCUUACGAAGGUAUGAGUAUUACCUUCACGAAGACCGGACUGUGAAAAAACUGUGAUAGGUGGAGUGUAGUGUAAUGGUAGUGUUUGUAUAAAGUUAACGCUAUUUAUUAUCGAAUUAAGAA